ACCGGCGCUUCCCUGGGGCGCCGCGGCCGCGUGUCACUGGUGGCGGGCUGCGGGAUGGUGCCAUGGAGCGGCCGUCGGGGCAGGCGCAGCGGGCCCAACCCGACGCGGAGCCGGCGCAGCAGCAGCAACAGCAGCAGCAGACGCGCCUGGCGAGCCGGCUGCUGGUCUCCUUCCAGUACGUGCACGUGCAACUCUCGGGCGGCGCGCCCUGGGGCUUCACCCUCAAGGGCGGGCUGGAGCACGGCGAGCCCCUCAUCGUGUCCAAGGUGGAAGAUGGCGGGAAGGCGGCCUUGUCGCAGAAGAUGCGCUCCGGGGAUGAGUUGGUGAACAUCAACGGGACCCCGCUCUACGGCUCUCGGCAGGAGGCCCUCAUCCUCAUCAAGGGGUCCUACCGCACACUCAAGAUGAUCAUCCGGAGGAGGAACGUGCCGGUCAUCAGGCCCCACUCAUGGCACCUGGCCAAGCUUUCCGAGGUCCGGACUGAGGUGGCCACCAUGCACUUUCCUGCGGAUGCCUUCAGCCUUUCCUGGCACUCGGGAUGUGACACCAGUGACCUGCCUUUGCCAUGGACCCCGCUGUCGCGCCACUGCAGCAGCACUGAUAAAAGCAGCUCCCUCGGGAGCAUGGAAAGUCUGGAUCAGCCCAGCCAGACGUACUACGAGGGCAGCCUCUCCCCCAUCGACCAGGCCAUGUACCAGAACAAACGCGACUCAGCCUACAGCUCCUUCUCCGCCAGCUCCAACACCUCCGACUCUGCCCUGCGGCCUGAGGAGAGCGGCUCUGCCGAAUGCGCCCAGACGGGCCAACCGCUGGACCCCCGCUACCUGCAGACGGGCGGGGAAGGCGGCGAGCCGGCAGGCGGAGUGAGCCUGCACUGCCUCGGCCUCCGGCCGGCCUCCAGCACUCAGGCAAGCCCCUUCCUUGGCUUGGCCAAAGCUGCGGCCACCCCUCCUCAGCCCCCCGUGAGACAGGACAGCCUGCGGGCCUGCAACCCGGAGGCACCCCGGACGGAUUCCCUGCACGCCAAGGGCCGGUGGGCCUCCGACACUUCCCUGUGUACGCGUAGCAGAGACCCCCGAGGGCCGGGCGGGCAGUCGGCCUCCGCCGGCCAUACCAAAGAGCCUCUGUCCACUGACCAGUAUUAUCUGCUGAGCUCCCACACCGACCAGCAUCCAGCCAUGGAGAAGGGAGCGGCAAGCACCGAGGGCCUCUCUAAAGAGGACUGCGGGACAGUCGCCUUGGACGAUCCGCCCACACCAGCAGACGGCACGGACCUGGAGGCCAAACUGGGCAGCCAGGAGGCCUGGAAAGGUUGGUCUGGACCCAUGGGUCACAGGCACAGCGCUCCAGAGCAGCUGUUGGCUGCCCAGCUGAAAGCACUGAAUGUAGCCCCUGGCCAGGAGGGCCCCCGCUGGACCGUCUCUCCGCUACACACGGCGCAAAAGAGCACCAGAGCUCCAGAGCUCUGGCAGGGUCGGGAUCACAAUGGCCAGAGCACCCCUCUCCAGGCAGAAGAGCCGGGCCCUUGCCCAGCAGCCGUGGAGGGGUCCCGUUCUCCAAAGAGCAGCCAGGCAGGGCUGGAGAGACCCCGCAGUGCCUCAGCCGAGUUGGCCCCGUCUCUGCCGCUGCACCCUUCCGGAGACGCUGGCCCCGGCCUCCAGGCGGCCCCCAGCACGGAGGCGUUGGCGGAAGGGGAACGGGACCUCGAAGGGGGGCCGGCCGCCAGGAGGGGGCACCGCUCUGCCCAGAUGCGCCGGCGCAGCGACCGCUUUGCCACCAACCUGCGGAAUGAGAUCCAGUGGCGGAAAGCCCAGCUGCAGAAGUCCAAAGGCUCCGCCGCGCUCUUGUGCGGGGAGCAGUCGGUGCAAGAGACGGAGGAGCCGGCCGACGUCCCCUCUCCCCCUGCCCCCCCUGCCCCCCCUGCCCCUUCCCCUCUGCCCCCCGCAGUGGAGAGCAGGCCGCCCAGCUCGGCCCCCCUCCGAGAGACCCCCCCCAAGCGCUGGGGCUCUGAGCUGAGUGUGUUUGGGGGAGAGAGUGCUUCUCACAGCCCGAGCAGGACGGGGCCUCCGGCCCCAGAGCCCAGGUGGGCAUCCCCUUUGCCAGAGCUCGAGCGGCCCCAGAGGGCUGUGCCACCGACGCCCGGGGGAGGGCGCCGGGGCCGCUGGCGAUGGUCGCCAGAGCACAAGCUGCAGCCCCACGACGGGGGCCUGCCGGCGACAGAGCUGGCCUCCCCCUCGCGGCUCCCGGAGGAAUCCGGCCUCCUGCCUUUCGCGGACAGGAGGCGCUUCUUUGAGGAGACCAGCAAGCCCCUGUCCUCUGCACACUUGAGCUCCCACCAGGGCCGGCUCGGGGUGCCGCAGCCCCCCCGGAUGGAGGAGCAGAACGCCUUCCAGCCGUUCAGCUCCGAGCGCCGAGACCGGCGGCGCCACUCCGUCGACCAGUCCUACGGACCCCCGUCGUCGCCCCCCGUCUUCCCAGACUUCCGUGCAGAUGCGCCCGGGAUCUACAAGCCGCUGGCCCGGCACGGGGGGGACUGUGAGUGUUGGCGGCCCCCGCCCUGCUCGUUUGCCCCCCGAGAAGCCUGCGCCUACUGUUAUGGGGACAGGUUCCCCCCACUGCUCCAGAGGAACGUGUCGGUGCCCUCCAGCCACUGUGCCCACCGCUGCCACCCUCGCCCCUGGAGCCGCUGCAGUGACUGCUGUUGCCCAGCCCAGCGCAAGCUCUUGGAGGACGGAGGCCCCUGGCAAGGCCGGAAGCCUUUUCAGAUGGAAUUUCCUGUGGAUGAGUGGGAGCCCCCAGCAAUAAACAGGAAGAGCAGCCAGUCAAUGAGCGAGCUGGUGCAACACAAGAUGGGCUUCGCAAGAGUCGGCCCCUUCUGGACCUGCUGCGAGACCGUGGAGCCGGAGUGGCCUCCGUUUUGCCGAAGCGGCUCCACUCGCAACCUCUCGUGGGACUGCGAAAGGCCGGGACGAGCUGCGGAGAGCCCGCCCUACGAGGAAGGCCCUGGCGAGACACACAGGCACCCCUUGCGCGAAAGGGCCUACUCUGAGAGCCACCUCUGCGUGGAGCGGGCCGGGGCUUCCGGAAGGGAGAAGCGAGAAGCCCCGCUGGCCAAGUUAGAGGAGACCGGACUGGAGUCGCCACCGCGCAUGGCCCAAAAGAAGGGCCCGCCCCCUCCCAGGCCCCCGCCCCCAAACUGGGAGAAGUACCGCCCGCGUCGUGCCUCCCACAACCAGCUGCUUCUCCCCAAGGCUGGCCUGGCUGGCCGCCCAGAAGGCCCCGGGGCCCCUAGCCAGAGCGGUAACGAAGCAGCCCGGCAGCGGUCUCAGAGCCUGCCUCUCGAACAGGUGUGGAACGAGGCCGCCCGGCUGCAGCGCUAUGCUGCAGGUUCGGAUGCCCCUUUGCCUGGGGAGCAGGGCAACCUCCGCUACUACUGCCACAGCUCGCCACGUCGGACCCCUGAGUGGCCAACACCAGACACGAGCGAGAGGAGCGGGUCUUCCAGGCCAGCGAGUUCCCUGGAGGUGGAGGAGGAGGAGGAGGAGGAGGAGGAGGAGGUAGCAGCACCGGAGCCCACAUGGGAGGAGGAGCAGAACAGAUCAGCCGGUCGAAACUCGGAGCAGCCGCCGGCCUGCACCCCCGGUCUGGCCUCCACGGAGCACGACUCUGCGCCGGAGGGUGCCGGAGGAGAGAGCUGCCCCCCACGCGUGGCCAGUGCAACGCUCCCCCUCCGCCUGAACUCGGCAGAGUUGAUGAGGGACGUGGUGGGGAGGGACCGCUCCCUGGCCAGCGUGCUGAGCCCCACCCUAGGACUGGUGACAGCAGCCGAGGUGAUGGGCGACCUCUUCUCUCCGGGCGAGUGCCCUGUGUGGAAGGGGCAGGAUUGGGCGCCACAGGCAGAAGGCGUGGAACACUCCCAGAGGCCGCAGACCCGGCCCGUCUCCCCGACCUAUGGGGGAGCCAUCAGCCCCACCUCCUGCUCGGCCUAUUACAACAUGUCAGCAGGCAAAGCCGAGCUGCUGAACAAGAUGAAGGAGCUGCCUGAGUCGGCUGCCGCCAGUUCGGAGGAGGAGGAGCUUGACCACGACCUGGCCCGGAAGAAGGUGCAGCUGAUCGAGAGCAUCAGUCGGAAGCUGGCAGUGCUGCAGGAGGCCCAGCGGGGCCUGCAGGAUGACGUGACCGCCAAUGUGGCGCUGGGCAAAGAAGUAGAGAGCCACGUCAAGGGUGUUUGCAAGCCCCACGAGUUCGAGAAGUUCCGCCUCUUCAUCGGAGACCUGGACAAAGUGGUCAACCUGCUGCUCUCUCUCUCAGGCAGGCUGGCCCGGGUGGAGAACGCCCUUGGCGGCCUGGAUUCCAAUGCCCCGGAGGAGGAGAAGCUGGCCCUCCUGGAGAAGAAGCGGCAGCUGACGGCGCAGCUCGAAGACGCCAAAGAGCUGCAGGAGCACGUGGCUCGGCGGGAGCGUGUCGUCUUCGCCAGCGUGUCGCGCUGCCUGCCCGGCGAGCAGUUGCAGGACUACCAGCACUUCGUGCGCAUGAAGUCGGCCCUCGCCAUCCAGCAGCGGCAGCUGGACGACAAGAUCAAGCUGGGCGAGGAACAGCUGCGCUGCUUGCGGGAGAGCUUGCGCCGGGCGCCCAGGGACUACUAGUAGCAUCCGGCCUGGUGGCCGCAGUGCAGCUUUUGUCGAGAGGGGGCCUGCCGGCGCCCUCCGUGUGCCAAAAGGGGUCUCUGGAGUCGGUGCUCCUUGGAUCUCCAGCUAGCUUUCCACGCUCUCUGGUGCCUUCCCACCCUCGGGGGAACGAGUGACCUUUGCCAAAGACUGCUGCAGCAGACAGCUGCACCCCCAUCCUCCGCCGUGGCUGGGGGAGGAUGGGAUCACCAAAGUGCCCUUUGCUCAGAAGACCGUACCUGCGUUGGGGAUCUGUUGCUAAGGCGGCUGAGGAGGAGUGUGAUAGGAUUCCUGGAACCUCACUGGAAUGGUGAUGCGAGAGACGCUCUCUCCCCCUCCUCUAUUGGACUGGCCAAGCUAAGAGACCACACUGCCUUCUCCCCUCGUGGGUAGCCAGCCAGCGGAGGACUAAGGAAACGCACCCCCAAGCAGUGGCAUAAUCCCCAGCGC